AUGAGCCUCUCAACAAGGGUCGCGCUGCAGCGCACCACCCAAAUCCUGCGAAGCAACUGCGUUCAGCCACGCGCACUCUUGGCGUCGGCGGCACGAAGAAGCUUCACAUGUAGCCUACUUAGGAACACUGAUGGUGUUUUCCGAGAGCUCACGUCGAUGCGCGUCCGCACGCCUUGGGUAGAGGCAUUCCGUAAACAACAGCAGGAUGGCCAGCAGCCCGGCAAAGCAUCUGGAAAGCCAGAGGUGCCCAAGGAUCGCGACUUGUCGCCCAAGCGCAUGAGUGACAGCUAUCACUCUGUUGUGCUGCCCUUAGCUCAAGACCCCUGGUUACUUGAUACAUAUCUGAAUUCCUCCGGGCAUAUACGUCUAGGCACCAUUUUCAUGGAUCUUGACGCACUUUCUGGGGUCAUUGCGUACAAGCACACCGGUGAAGACGUAACGACCGUCACCGCUUCCUGCGACCGAAUUACUAUACAUCACCCACUGGACGAGAUUUGUGAUCUCCAGCUAUCUGGUCGUGUUACAUAUGCCACCGGUCGAAGCAGUUUAGAAAUCACGAUGCAGGUUGCAAAGGCUCCCAAAAAAGGCGAAGAGGUCAAGGACACAGACGUUUUGAUCAACUGUACCUUUACAAUGGUCUCCUUGGACCCAGGCACUAAAAAGCCUGUGAAUGUCAACGCGCUAAUUGUAGAAACUGAAGAAGAGAAGCGGUUGUAUGCUUUAGGCGAGCGUAACUCACAAAUUCGCAAGGAGAGACGUAACACAUCGUUAGUUAAGCAUACGCCGAACGAUCUCGAGAGUGAUCUCAUUCACGCAUUCUGGCAAAAGCAGCUUCAAUAUCACGACCCUCACGACGAGUUGCGCAAGCCAGACAACCUCCAUUUCAUGGACACGACACGCCUUCAGACCGCCACGAUUAUGCAGCCACAAUACCGCAAUCGACACCACUUUAUGAUCUUCGGUGGGUUCCUCCUCAAGCAGACAUUCGAGCUCGCUUUCACCACAGCUGCGGCAUUCGCGCACGCUCGACCCACUUUCGUAUCGCUCGAUCCCUCGACGUUCCUCAACCCGGUGCCCGUUGGCAGUAUACUAUACAUGACAGCGCAGGUGGUGUACACAGACCCUCCUCUCAUCGGUGCUCCUGGAGAGCAGUUUGAUGAGAACGGCGAAUACACAAGGGUACAGAUCAGGGUCGAUACCAAGGUCAGAGACGUGGAACACGGUCACUCGAAGCCAACAGGCCAGUUCAACUAUACGUUCAAUGUACCGAAGAACAUCAGGGUGAUGCCGAGGACGUACCAGGAGUUCAUGUACUACCUCGAAGCGCGCAGACGAGCCGAGCAAGUCAGACGCACCUUGGAGGAGGGUGUCAGCGUUAGCCCAAAGAGAGCGGCAGAAUCUCUUACGGAGUGA